AGAUGAAUGUAUGUAUUGCCAUAUAUUGUGAAAAGAAAAAGAAAAAAAAAAAGAAAAAGUGUGGAAAUGCAAGAAUAAGCUAUCUUAAGAAAUGAGUAGGUAAAUUAGGUCAUUAUUAAGAAUAAUAAAAAACCCUAGUGUUUUUAUUAUUGUAAAAAUCUAUCGCAUCCCACAAAAUAAUUUUCCCAGCGCUCUUCAACUUACAAACAACGACAUGACACCCAAAUUUCAUCCCCCUCCAAAUCCACCCUACCUUUCCUUUCCCUUCCCUUAAAACAACCUGCUUUUUCCAGUUUCCCCCCAAUUAACCAUUUCUCUCCGCUCUCAAACCCACCUUUUUUUCUCUUUGUAAUUCCGUAGAACGGAUACUUCAACCGAAAAAAAAAAAACAAACCAGAUGUCUUCGGUUUAUUCAGAUCCGAUCCAUGGAACCCACCCGGAACCAAUCGAUCACUUCGACCGUCUUCCCGAUUCUCUUCUCCUUUUAGUCUUCAACAUGAUCGGCGACGUGAAAGCGCUUGGCCGAUGCUGCGUUGUUUCGCGUCGUUUCCACUCCCUCGUCCCUCAAGUUGAAAACGUCGUCGUUCGUGUCGAUUGCGUCAUCUCCGACGACGAUUGUUCCCCUUCUUCCUCUGUCAAAUCACGUGCCGACGGUCCAUUUUCCACCCUCUUCCGUCUCGUUUUCGGUGGCAUUGUCAAGCCCCUCCAAGCUUUGGGCCAAUUCCUUGGCCCCGAACGCCCCUCUCUCAACAAAACGCUCAAUACCUCUUCAUCUUCCUCUUUAUCUGUCGGUCUCGGCGGAGGUGAAGAUGGGGAAAUGGACCAAGGUGGGGUUACCCAUCAUUCUCCGACGCAAGUGCUUAGAAAUUUCAACGAGCUUCGUUUCCUUCGAAUUGAAUUGCCCGGCGGCGAGUUAGGGAUCGAUGACGGAGUUCUGCUGAAAUGGAGAGCCGAUUUCGGAUCAACCCUUGAUAGCUGCGUAAUCCUCGGAGCUGCUUCCGUUUUUAACAAUGUGCAUUUCCAAGUACCAGACCAUGGGAACGAUGGGUUUUGCAUCAACAACGGUUCUAAUGUUGGCAACGGUGAUGAUAAUGGGAGUAUCCCUGAGUCGUUUUAUACCAAUGGAGGCUUGAAAUUAAGGGUUGUUUGGACUAUUAGCUCGUUAAUCGCAGCAUCAGCAAGGCAUUAUUUGCUUCAAUCCAUAAUUGCAGAGCAUAAGACGCUGGAUAGCUUGGUUUUGACCGAUGCGGAUGGACAAGGGGUGCUUUGUAUGAACGGUGAGCAGCUUCAGGAGUUAAGAGUGAAACCAUUAUCAGCUUCUUCUGCUUCAAAAAGGACGCUGGUGCCGGCUUUGAAUAUGAGGCUUUGGUAUGCUCCUCAUUUGGACUUGCCUGAUGGGGUUGUUUUACAAGGUGCCACUUUGGUUGCUAUCAGGCCUAGUGAACAAUCUGCUUCGAAAAAAGAGGUUUCGGAUGCUUCUUGGCUAUCAUCUGCUUUUGAAGAGCCUUAUGGGACUGCAGCUAAGAUGCUGGUUAAGAGAAGGACUUACUGUCUGGAGAUGAACUCGUUCUGAUGUCUGCUUCCUGUUCUGUAAAGGGAAAGCUGUACCAUGGUCAAGGAGAUAGAGGUGAUAGCUUGCUUUUGGAAAGCUGAUAAUCAGACCACAAUUUUGUUACGUGUUGUUGCUGAUUCUCAGGACAAUAUCGUUUGAAAGCUAAAACUUGCUUUGGAUCACCAGUGAGGGCAGCCCAUGCUUGUUGAUAAUUCACUGCUAGUGUUUGAGCUUUUGUGCUUCAACUGAUUACCGAAAUGCAUCUGCUGGUUGUUUUUUAUUUCAGGCAUAUGCAUUUAAGAGUGCACACCUGCAACUAGGAUGAUGUUGUAAGAGCUUUGAGUUUGUAGUCUUUUUUUAAUUCUAUAAUCCCUCUAUAUGUGAAUAUUGUAGGUAUGAAGAUCUCAUGUUUUAUGUUAUAUACAUGUGAAUUUUAUCAAUAAAAUGUAGUCUGCACUUAGCUUUUAAA